AUGUCGAUAUCGAACGGGAAAACUUCUUCCGACAUCGAGAACGUGGACUGGAACUCGUCCGGGAUGUUAACGCACACCAGAUACGGUUCCACCAGCAGUCAGGUGUCGCAGAGCAGUGGCGACAUUUGCCGCAUCUGUCACUGCGAAUCGGACACCCACAACCCGCUGCUGACGCCCUGCUACUGCUCCGGAAGUCUAAAGUUCGUGCACCAGACCUGUCUGCAGCAAUGGCUGACGGCGUCGGAAACGAAUGCCUGCGAACUGUGCAAGUUCCCGUUCAUCAUGCACACGAAAAUCAAACCAUUCAACGAGUGGCGCAGUUUGGAUAUGUCCGGUGUGGAACGUCGUCGGCUGUGCUGCGCGGUACUGUUUCACUGUGCGGCCGGUUUAUGUGUCAUCUGGUCGUUGUGCGUGCUGAUCGAGCGAGCCGCCGAGGAGGUACGGCGUGGACAGAUCGGGUGGCCUUUCUGGACGAAGCUGAUCGUGGUGACGGUUGGGCUGACCGGUGGCGUCGUGUUUAUGUACAUCCAGUGCAAGCAGUAUUUGAAUCUUUGCAACCGUUGGCGUGCUAGAAAUCGCAUACUGCUCAUACAGAACGUUCCCGAGAAGAUCCACCCGCCGCAGUCGCCCCAGAUGCCGCAGUUUCGUCGCGUCCGUACGGCCGCUACUUCCGGCCAACCGCUCGGCGGUACGAUGGGCAUCAAUGCGGUCAAUAAUGCGGUGACGGCAGCGUCCGUGGCUGCUGCAGCGGCCGCCGCAGCCCGUCAAUCAUCGUUCGAUCAUCCGCUGGGCGCGGCCACGGUAAAUGUUAGCAUUGGUGGACCAUCGGCGGGUGCGGGCGGUGGAAACCACUGCGAGCUGCAGCUCAACCAGCAGGGUCAGAUCAUUGCGGCCAACAUUGAGAGUAAUUCGAUCGGUGGGUACGAUCGUGACUGGACGCUGGACGACAUCAGUCAGGUGUCGUUCAAGCCGUGUCUGCAGGGUAGCGGCAGCCUAACGCCGAUGCCGUUCCACGACUCGGUGCACAACAUCUGCGAGACGACGACGGGCAGUGGCAGCGGUAUAAUGGUGAUGAGUGCCACCUCAACCACGGCAGCCGGUGGGGCGGCUUCCAUCAAUAAUAAUGGCAGCAGCAGCAGCCAUCGCUAUUCAACCGUGUCCACCACAUCGAAUCAAUGCGGUGAGCAGGUGGCGAAUAAUGGAGCCGCUGCUGGUGGCAAAACCGGCGGUACCGGCGGUCCGGAGUUAAGUUUGCUCAGUAAGCUGAACAAUGGGGCGACAGAGCGAAGCAGAAGUAACUCACCCAACGUUGCACCGUCAACGGUAACGACCACACAGGCCGUCCCAACGCCGGGUGCGAUGGGACGCUACGUGAAUUCGGCCAUAUUCCUCGAAAAUCGUGAUAUUUUAAACGAUCCCUCCAUGGGACCGAACGGACAGGAUGAUACGGCGGCAAGCAAACUGUACCAUCGCCACUCGACGGUGCUGGCCGGGCAACCGACCGUGUCCGGGUUUGGUAGGGAUGAACCGCUGCCCGCCGGCACGUGUGGUGCGCACGAACCGAACAAAUCAUUCCGUCGCUACUCGGACACGAAGCUGCUGCAGAAGCAAUCGCUUAGCUUCCCGCAGGAACCGCUCGCACUGUGCGAGAUCGGUACGCACACCAAAGAUCAGCUAUUGCUCAAUCCCAAAAGCAUCAUCUACGACAUGACGAGCCUGCUGGGACCGGCGGUCGAUCCGGCAAACGGUGCCGACCGGACGCUCAUGACGGGUGGUGAUAUGGCGAACAGUCGCGCUCACCACAGCCAUCAUCAUCAUCAUCACCACCAUCAUCCGCAUCAUCAUCAUCGGCACCAUCACGGUGCGUAUCAUCCUCAUCCGCAUCCGCUUUCAUCGCCCGAUGGUCGAUCGGGGGAAGAUUCCAUCCAGCAGAACGCACUCCAGACGACUGACAUCCAGUUCGAAAGUGGCGGCCCACUAGACGAUGAUGCGCUGGAGAUGAAUAUACAGGAGAUACUCGAGUACGAUCAGCUUCAGCAGCAGCAGCAGCAGCAGCAACAGCAGCAUUAUUUCUCACAGGACAAACAUCCGCGUGCGAACGUGGAGCAGCGGUUAUCGCUCGAGAACAUCCUGCAGUCGUCGUAUCACGAUGAUCCGGGAGCGGUCCCGGUACGUCCGUACUACGACCAUCAUGGUCAUUCGAUGCUGUCGCUUAGUCUCGCCAGCAAAACGCCCCCUCCUCACCCACCUUCCGCCCUUCUCACGGGGGGUAGUAGCCAUGUUCAGCCGCAGGCACUGUCCACCGAUUAUCCGUACCCUCGCUCAACGAUGGCCGGUACCGUCGUCGUAGCGGACAGUGAUCAGCAGCACCAUCGUCCCUAUCAUCAACAGCAGCACCAGCCGUUGCAUGCGCAGCUGCAACAGCAACGCUCACACUGCUGUGGCGAAACACCGGACGCUUCGAAUCGGUUCGCCAGCGACAGCAACAAGCUGAAGCUGUUCAAAUCGCUGCCCAAUCUGAGCGCGAGCAGUGAAAAUUUGCUCCCAUGA